AUGUCAAAUAAGUUUAUCUUUUUCGCUUUGAUUCCGCUCUUAUUAAUACUAUAUCCAAGCGGCACUCCGCUAUCUGGAUAUAGAGAUUCUUGGGAGAGUGAUGACAUCAACAAGAGUACCAUUCCAUAUUUACCGGAUCAUUAUCAAGGUGGUGCAUAUGCCGACUUACCAUAUGGAGAGACACGAUAUUGGUUGUUUGGUCCGGAAGACGGAAAGAAGAUAACACUUGUUCAUGGCAUAGCAACUCCUGCAGCAAUCUUCACUGACGUGGCAGCAGAAUUAGCGAAAAAAGGGUAUCGAGUGUUAGUAUUUGAUCUUUAUGGAAGAGGAUAUUCAGCUAGCCCAUCUGUGCCUAACAACGAUGCAUUGUUUGUUUCUCAGCUUGCAAUGUUGUUAAAGAAAAUCGGAUGGAAAAAGACGGAUCUUCUCGGUGUGUCAUUAGGAGGAGGAAUUGUGGUGUCAUUUACUAGACACUUUCCAGAGACUGUCAAUUCAUUGAUACUGCUGGCCCCAGUAGGACUUAUGGAUGCAACUGAUAUACCUGUUUACGCAAGGGCAUUGAAGUUACCGGGAGUAUCUUCUAUUCUUGUUAACUCAUUCACAAGACGAUUGAUGGAGUCUCUUCUCCGCUGGCACAUAUCUCGGAAUCCCGAUGAUGAUUCGAAUGACUCAAGACUCAAAAAGCUGCAACAAAUUUCCAGCUAUCAGUUUGCUAAUCAUCUCGGGUUUUUGCAUUCCUUUGCCUCAACAGUCAAGCAUUUUCCAUUCUCCGAUUUGGGAAAAGCAUAUGAGGAAGUAGGGAAACAGAAUAGAAAAGUGAUGGUCAUAUGGGGUGAAGAAGAUACUACCGUGCCUUACAUCCACUCGGAAAAGGUUAUUUCUUACAUUCCCGAUGCGAAACUCGUCAAACUUACGGGGGAUGGACACAAUUUUCACGUGUUUCGACCGGAGUAUGUUGGUUCAAUGGUGGAUGAAUUUCUGAGAACGUGA